UCUGUUAAUUCUUCUAAUUCUUACGAUGAAAACAACGAAACCUGCUAGUUCUUCUUCUUCUCAUCAGAUUCAGAGAGCUACAAGCUUAAUGAAAAGACAAGCUACUGUGUUUAAGAAAGCUCGCGAGCUUUCUGUGCUAUGUGCAAUCGAAGUUUGCGUGAUCUGUUACGGAGCCGAUGGAGCGCUUAAGACAUAUUCAGAAGAGAGGGACAAGGUCGAAGCCAUCGCUCGAAGGUACGUUGCAUUGAGCGAGACGAAACGACGCAAACGAAGCGUUGAUCUUGACCGGUCUCUCGCAAAUUCCAACAAGAAGAAGAAACUGGUGAGACCGAGACGUGUAUCCAAGUUUCCAGUUUGGGACCCUAGGUUUGAUAAUUACUCGGGUGAGCAACUCACGGGACUGGUUCAGUCUUUGGAACGUAACCUAACCAGAUUACAAGAUAGGUUCCGGGAUCUUGUUGAAGUUCAGAAACAGAGGAACAUGAAUCAAGGACCGAGUAGUAGUACUAGGAAUACGAUCAAUCAAUAUCUGCUUCCACAACAACAACAACAACCAAACCAGUUUUCUAUGUUUCUGCUUAACCAUGAGAACGGGAAUGUCGCGCAAAUCCCAUUAGGUUUGAUGAACCAAGGGCGGCAAUCUGUGCCGAUGAUUCCGCCUGAACUACUGAUGAAUCCUGAUGUGGGAAACUACAAUUCGGGCUCACUUGGAGCUUUUGGUCCUCCUCUUUAUGAUCUCUCACAACCUCUCUUUUCUUUGUCUGUGUAAGUGU